AUGUCGGGAAGAGAUUGCAUUAUUGAAUCUGAGACAACUGAAAUAUUUUACUUUCAUCCUGUUAAUAAGGAUUGGCAAAGCAGGAUAAGUUCUUUAUUAUCUAUGGGACAUUUUGUAGGAUCUUUGCCUACAACAACCAACAUGCAUGUCCGACUUGGUAUACCAAGUACUAUUCAAAAAGUAGUUGGAGAUGGUAACUGCUUCUUUAGGUGCAUCUCCUAUACUGUCAGUGGCAGUCAGCAGUUUCAUUCAGUUGUACGAGAGAGAGUAAUAAAUCACAUGAGGGAGAUGGAUGAUAAGUUAACGUCAGUUUUACCAAUGAUAGAGAGUGUUGCCAACUACAUUAGACGAACGCGGAUCAAUGAAUGUACUUUCUGGGCUACAGAAGUUGAAAUAAUAACCGCUGCACAUUUACUUAAGACAGACAUCUUCAUUUACAGCUCUGACCAUGGGUGGCAGAAAUACAGUGGAAAACUAGUAGAUCCAUUAUUACAAACAGAGGAAUUUGCAAUAUAUCUAAAGCACACUAAUGGUAACCAUUAUGAUGUGGUCACCAACACAGUACAAGUAACAGAGAACACUGUUGUUGAACAAAAGGGAAAGCUGCUGUCAGUCAAUGAUCUUGUUCAACAAUACUAUGCUGAAACAAAGAGACGACAACAAAACAGAACCGCACAAGAAAUUAAAAAAUUGAAAGUGAAACAGAGGCAGCAAAAGUACAGAGAAAGGCUUUCAGCAGAAAAAAAAGAAGCACUCCGCAUGAUCGACAGAGACAGAAAAAGAAAGCUUCAUGAAAAUGAGACUAUAGUCUGUAAAGAAGCAAAUAAAAUAAAGAAGAAACAGCAACGUUUAAGUAUUGAUGAUGAGCAAAAAAGAAAAAUAAAUGAGAAGGAUAGAUUAAGAAAGAGGGAGAAGCGCUCCAAGUUAUCUGAAGAGCAGAAAUCAAAAAUUUGUGCUUCUGAGAGAAAACGUAAGAAUGAAAUGCUAAAAAGUGUUACAGAAGAGCAAAAAAAAGAAUUCAAUAAGAGAGACCGACAGAAAAAGAAAGACAAGCGUUCCAAUUUAUCUGAAGAGCAGAAAUCAAAAAUAUGUGCUUCUGAGAGAAAACAUAAGAAAGAAAAAUUACGAAGUCUAACAGAGGAACAAAAAACAGUAUUCAAUGAAAGAGACCGACAGAAAAAGGAAGACAAGCGUUCCAAUUUAUCUGAAGAGCAGAAAUCAAAAAUUUGUGCUUCUGAGAGAAAACGUAAGAAAGAAAAAUUACAAAGUCUAACAGAGGAACAAAAAACAGGAUUCAAUGAAAGAGACCGAAAGAAAAAGGAAGACAAGCGUUCCAAUUUAUCUGAAGAGCAGAAAUCAAAAAUUUGUGCUUCUGAGAGAAAACGUAAGAAGGAAAAAUUACAAAGUCUAACAGAAGAACAAAAAACAGGAUUCAAUGAAAGAGACCGACAGAAAAAGGAAGACAAGCGUUCCAAUUUAUCUGAAGAGCAGAAGACAAAAAUUUGUGCUUCUGAGAGAAAACAAAGCAGAAGAAAACAAGAUUUUAGAACAUUACAGAAUGAAGAUCAAGUAAUACAAAGAUUUUCAAAAGACAUCCAUCAGUACCCAGAGUAUGUUUGCACAUGUUGUAGAAGACUGCUUUAUAGAAGAAGUGUAACACAUGUUGGAACAGAAUCUUUCAAAAAUUCCUCAGAAGAAGUUGUAAACAGUUGCAUAACAGGAAGAAUAUCUGCCUUGGGAUUUCAAUGGAUUUGUCAGACUUGUGCUAGAUAUGUUAAAAAAAACCAAAUUCCCCCACAGGCUCUUUAUAAUGAUAUGGAAGUUUCUGACAUACCUGAAGAACUAGCAAAAUUAACAUCUCUAGAAAGAAGAUUAAUUUCUCGUCGUUACCCAUUCAUGAAAAUGCUAGCAUUACCAAAGGGGAAGCAGAGUGGCAUAAAAGGUGCGGUUGUAAAUGUCCCUGUGAAUGAAGAAAAUGUUGUCAAUAAAUUGCCAAGAUUACCAAAUGAAGCUGGUGUUAUCCCCUUGCGAUUAAAGAGGAAAAUUGUGUACAAAACACAUGAAAAAUUUGAGUACAUUAGACCAAACUACAUCAAAGAUGCAUUGAAUUGGUUGAGAGAAAACAAUGAGCUCUACAAAGACAUUACUAUCUAUGAGAACUGGGAAACAAAGUGCUCUGAAAAUGAUAAGGAGCUUUGGACAGAACUCACCACUAAUGAUCAAGACAACAAUAUUCUUAACAGGAGUGAAUGUCUUCCGGAAGAAAGUGCUGUCAAAGAAAAUUCAGAAGAGGCACAUGAAGACAUUUAUGAUGAUGAUCCAGUAUCACAACUUAGAGGUGUAAAAUUUGAGAGUUGCAUACAACCUUCUGAUGCAUCCAUUGAUGUAGAUAAAAUACUGAACAUUGCUCCAGGAGAAGGCAAAAUGCCAUUAUCUAUUCUUAUGGAUGAUCUUUUUGAAGAAUUAGCUUUUCCAAAUCUUUUACCAACUGGAAAAUUUGGUUGGAAACAUAACAGAAAAAUCAAAUUAACACCCAAAAAAUAUUUUCAAGCCAGACUACUGAAUGAAAAACAAACAUUUGCAGCAGAUAUUGAAUAUAUUUUUGUGGCUCAAACAAUAGUUGAAACUAAACAAAUUACAGACAGUAUGAGCAUUGCUCUCAGGAAAUCCUUCAGUGCAACUUCCACCGGAGAUAACAUUACAGCAGAAAUGGUAAAGAACCCUACUAUUUUGCACAGGCAUUUGCUAAAGGAUCAUGGAUACAGAUUUCUGCAACCAGUCAGGGGCUCUCCACCAUAUUGGCAGAAAGUGCAGUACAAGCUAUUAGCUGCUGUAAAACAGUUUGGAAUAUUUACAUGGUUUUUUACUCUCUCUGCAGCCGAUCUCAGAUGGCAUGACACAAUACAGGCCAUUGCAUCACAGCGUGGACUUAAUCUAUCGGGCAUUGAUAUUGAUUCAAUGUCUUGGGAUCAGAAAUGCUCAUGGCUUCGUUCAAAUCCACUUACUGCUGCUAGACAUUUUCAAUACAGAUUAGAUUGUUUAUUGAAAGAUGCCAUUUUAGCAGAUUGUCAACCAUUAGGAGAUGUUCUUCACUUUUUCUAUAGGAUAGAAUUUCAGCAAAGAGGAUCCCCUCAUGCUCAUGGAGUUUUGUGGAUCAAAGAUGCACCUCAUCCUGAAAAGAGUAAAGAAGAAGAUGUGAAUGCUUUUGUAGAGAAAUACAUUAAAAGCACCAUUCCACCAGAGUAUGAAGACCCUCAACUUUACAGACUUGUAACUCAGUUACAGAAGCAUACACACUCUGCUGCUUGUAAAAAGACGGGAAGGCAAUGUCGUUUUAACUUCCCAAAGCCAGUUUGUGAGACAACUAUGAUCUGCAAACCUACACCCCAAGAAGAAAAUUCCCAAGACCAAGCAAAUAUUUUGAAGAACUCGAAAGAAAUUUUAGCCAAUGUGAAAAACUUUGUAAUCCAAACAGAUGAUUUACACUGCGUAUCUCUUGAGGACAUAUUCUUUAUGUGUGGGACAAAUUCUCGGCAAUAUCACAUUGCAUUAAAAGAAUCUGUUACAGAUACUACCAUCUACACUUUAAGAAAUCCAUCCGACGUCUAUAUAAAUAAUUAUAACCCAACUUUGUUAAAGACCUGGCAGGCUAAUAUGGACAUACAGUUUGUUUCCAACCCUUAUGCUUGCAUUCAGUAUAUAGUGGCAUAUAUCACAAAAGAUGAAAGAGAGAUGGGAACAUUACUGGAAGCUGCUAGCAAGGAAGCUUCACAAUUAGGACUAAAACAGCAAAUGAAAGCAUGUGCAAAGACUUUUACAAAUGCCAGAUCUGUCAGUGCGCAGGAAUCAGUGUACAGGAUACUUGGUUUGCCAUUGUACAAGUCUGAUUUCACAGCUGUUUGGAUCCCAACAGGUUUGCCGCAUCAGAGGGUCCACCUCCUGAAGCCAAUCAGUGUUCUACAAGGACUGGAUGAUGACAGUGAGAAUAUAUUUACAGCCAGCAUAGAAGAGAAAUAUUCUGCACACCCUGUACAAUUGACAUCUUGGUGCUUAGCAAACUUUCAAGCAUGGUAUGACCUAUCAACAUUCAAAGAUAGCAAAGAUGAUAUGCAGCCUGAUUUGCUUCAAGAAGAGCAGUUGUUACUUGAGGACAGAUGUCCAGAGAAUUUUGUGUUGGAAGCACCAAAUGAAUUCAUCAUUCGUCUUGCUAAUGGCAGUUUCAAAGUAAAGAAACGAAAAAAACAAGCCCUUUUAAGAUACCAUCAAUUCAGCUUAACCAAGGAACCAGAAUCUUUCUAUCAUGGAGAAUUAUUUCUCUUUAUACCAUGGAGGAAAGAAGAAGAGCUGCUCGGCAGAUUUGAUUCAUACAUGGACAGCUAUAACCAUCACAUAGAUCAGAUUAAAGAGACCAAAAGAAAUCUACAACAAUAUUCUGAGUUAGUAGAUGCAGCAUUAAUAGAAGUAGCUGAAAAUGGUUCGAGAAGUGAUGCAUGGGAUUUGCUCAAUCCAGAGAUGGAAAAAGAUCUAGCAGAGCAAAAAGAUGAAGGUCUGCAUGAUGAUCCAGCAUUUUCUCAUUUGGAACCCUCUGAUGUCAACAUUCACAAUAAUGUUUUACCACUAUCUGAAGAUAGUUUGCCUCAUUGCCAGUCAUCUUUGGAUACAUUGCAAGAAAUAUGGACAGAUGAGGAAUACAGAAACUUCAUAUGCAGUUUGAAUAUAGAACAGCGACUUCUCUUCAACAAAAUCUUAGAUUGGUGUACAUCUUUUAGACAAGGUGUGAAGCAAAAACCAUUUCAUAUUUUUGUGUCAGGAGGAGCUGGAACAGGCAAAUCUCAUGUAAUUCAAGCCAUCAGUCAGAUGAUUAAAAGAACUCUACCAAAAGAAGGUGAAGAUCCUACUCUUCCACAUUGUUUGCUUUUAGCUCCAACUGGUACAGCAGCUUUUAAUAUAAAUGGUUUGACCCUACAUUCAGCUUUACAACUUCAGCUUGGUCAAAGCAAAAAUAGCUAUAUGAAACUGUCUGAUGACAAAAGAAAUUCUUUACGUCAAAAAUUAUCUUCACUAUGCAUUUUGAUUGUGGAUGAAAUAUCCAUGGUUGGAAGUAAUUUACUCCUUCAAGUACACAGACGACUAGAUGAACUCUUUCGAAGUGAAUAUGAAUUUGGAGGCAUUUCUAUUUUAGCAUUUGGAGACCUCUACCAACUACCUCCUGUUGGUCAAAGUUUUGUGUUUCAACCUCCAUCUGACAUUUUAGCAUCUCUGACAUUACAGCUAUGGGACCAGUUCUCAAUUUUUGAAUUGCAUGAAAUCAUGCGACAAAAAGAAGAUUCUGAUUUUGCAUCUUUACUUAACCGUGUACGUGAGUCAACUCAUACAGUAGAGGAUAUUUCUGUUUUAUGUACAAGAUGUAUAGAUGAAAACAGUGAAAACUAUCCACAUGAAGCUCUUCAUGUAUUUGCUUUAAAUAGAAGAGUAGAUGAGCAUAACAAAAUUAUGCUAAACAAACUCAACUCUACUCUAAAAUCUAUCACAGCGGUAGACCGAAUGCCAGAUUCAUUGAAAGGAAAAUCCAUUCCAACUGAUUCAAAAUUUACUGGAGGACUACCAAAAAUCAUUACCUUAGCCAUUGGUGCAAGGGUCAUGCUCAUUCGCAAUGUUUUUGUACAGGAUGGAUUAGCAAAUGGUGCACAAGGGACAGUUAUUGGUUUCAUUUACAAACAAAAUUCCUCACCUCUUGCAAUCAUGGUUAAAUUUGACAAUACUUCAAUAGGAAGAGAAACACGUAUGGCAUCAAAAUUUGAUUUGUCUGAAUUUAAUCCUUUGGCAACUCCAAUUCUUCCAAUUGAGGUACAGUUCUCACUGUCUUGCAGCAAAAAGAAUUUAAAAGUAACAAGAUCCCAAUUUCCACUGCGCCUUUCUUGGAGCUGUACCGUUCAUAAAGUACAAGGGCAAACUUUGGAAACAGUUGUAGUCUCUUUCCAGGAUCAAUUUCGUGAUGGUCAAGCAUAUGUAGCUCUAAGCAGGGCUCGCUCCUUAAAUGGACUAUAUAUUCUUAAUUUUGAUGCCAACAAAAUUCGCAGUAGUAAACAAGUUUUGAGGCAUAUGGAAGAGAUGAGGCAAAAAAAACAAGUUGAAAAUCUUCAGAUUUCAGUAACUGAAAAAAACCUUCUCAUGGUUUCACACCUGAAUGCAAGAUCUGCCCGUUUACAUUUUGAAGACAUAAAGGCAGAUCCUACCCUGGAAAGAUCUCAUGUAAUAUGCUUGACUGAAUCACACAUUAGUACUUCCGCAGACUUUCAGAUUCCAGGUUAUCAUUCUAUUAUACUUCCAGCCUCUACAUAUCCAAGCAGAUGUCAUGGAAUUGCUGUGUUCUAUAAAGAAAACUUGGACAUUGAAGGAAAAGAAUUGUGUAACACCCAGGAAUUCUCAUUUCUUCAUGUCAUCGUAUCAAGACAGUACCAUUACAUAUUUAUAUACAGAUUUCCAAAAGAAAGCUUUCAAAAAUUCAAGUCCCAAUUGUUAGCAAAACUGCCUAAAAAUGACACACCAGUGUUACUUAUUGGUGACUUUAACAUUGAUUUUCAAAGUGAUACAGGAAGAAAUUCGUCUAUGCGAGACAGCUUCCAAAAAGACUUGUUCUCACUUGGAUUUAAACAAGAAGUUAAAAAACCAACAACAAUUUAUGGAUCUACUUUAGAUUUGGCAUUUUGCAACGAACUGAUGCAGCUAGAGGACAUCCUUAUUACUCCAUCUUAUUACUCUGACCAUAGUAUAGUCACCAUUAGUCACAAAUGA